GUUUUUAUAUUAUAAGAAACUAAAUUUCCUUGUGGGAGUUUUCCAUAUAGAACUAUUUCUAAUCAAUCCUCAAUAACAAGAUCACCACACCAUCAACAUGUCAAGCAAACGGGUCAAAUUGCAUAUCCAAGAACGUCAUGUGGUGAUGGACAAUGGCAUCCUCCAGGUUACAAUAUCAAAACCACAAGGAAUUGUGACCGGGAUUCGUUAUAAUGGCAUCAGCAAUGUGCUUGAAGUUCAGAAUGACGAAUCCAAUAGAGGAUACUGGGACCUUGUAUGGAGUAAGGAAGGAAGUCCUGGAACAACCGGAACAUUCUACGUAAUAAAAGGGACAGAUUUUAGAGUAAUAGUGGAAACUGAGAAACAAGUAGAAAUCUCAUUCACCAUAAUGUGGGAUUCAUCACUUGAAGGCAAGCUUGCUCCUCUAAACAUAGAUAAAAGGUUUAUAAUGCUUCGAAACUCCUCAGGAUUUUAUUCCUAUGCCAUUUAUGAGCACCUAAAAGAAUGGCCUGCUUUCAAUCUUCCGCAGACCAGGAUUGUAUUCAAGCUCAGAAAAGACAAAUUCCACUACAUGGCAGUAGCAGAUAACAGGCAGAGGUACAUGCCACUUCCGGAAGACAGGACGCCUCCAAGAAGCGAACCCCUAGCUUUUCCUGAAGCCGUCCUACUUGUCAAUCCUGUCGAGCAGGAAUUCAAAGGAGAGGUAGAUGACAAGUACCAAUACUCAUGUGAGAACAGAAAUCUUCAGGUUCAUGGUUGGAUUUGUUUUGACCCACCGGUUGGGUUUUGGCAAAUCACACCCAGCGAUGAGUUCAGAUCUGGUGGACCACUCAAACAGAAUCUCACCUCUCAUGUUGGUCCGACCAAUCUCGCUAUGUUUCUUAGUGCUCAUUAUUCAGGAGAAGACAUGGUGCUGAAAAUUAAACCUGGAGAGCCUUGGAAGAAAGUUUUUGGCCCUGUUUUUAUGUAUCUCAACACUUUGGUGGAUCAAAACAACGCACUUUUGCUGUGGGAAGAUGCUAAAUUGCAGAUGUUAACUGAAGUUCAUAGCUGGCCUUAUAGUUUUCCAGCUUCAGAGGAUUUUCCGUCAUCCGACAAACGUGGCAGUGUCAGUGGUAGAUUGCUUGUUCGAGACAGUUAUGCGAAUGAUUAUGAUAUACCAGCAAAUGGUGCUUAUGUGGGAUUGGCACCGCCAGGAGAAAUUGGUUCGUGGCAAUUAGAAAACAAGGGUUAUCAAUUCUGGAGAAAAGCUGAUGAAGAUGGUCAUUUCUUCAUCGACGAAAUCCGCACUGGUGACUAUCAAUUAUUUGCAUGGGUUCCUGGUUUUGUUGGAGAUUAUCGUAAUGAUACGGUCAUUACUAUAACUGAAGGUUGCUAUAUUAAAUUGGGUGAUGUGGUGUAUGUUCCUCCAAGGGAUGGUCCAACAUUGUGGGAAAUAGGCAUCCCUGAUCGCUCUGCUGCAGAAUUUUAUGUUCCGGAUCCUGAUCCAAAGUAUAUCAACAAACUCUAUGUCAAUCAUCCUGACAGGUUCAGGCAAUAUGGGUUAUGGGAGAGAUACACAGAUUUAUACCCAGAUGGAGAUUUAGUUUACACUGUAGAAACUGAUCACUAUAGCAAAGACUGGUUCUUCGCACAUGUCCCCAGGAAAAUAAAUGAUGAUGAGUAUGAAGGAACCACUUGGCAAAUUAAGUUCAGACUAGACAAUGUAAAUCAGAAUGGAACAUAUAGAUUACAACUGGCACUUGCAACUGCAAAUGAGGUUGAAUUGCAGGUUCGAAUGAAUGAUCCGGGAACAAAUCCUGCCUUAUUCACAACUGGAUUAAUUGGGCAUGACAAUGCAAUUGCAAGGCAUGGCAUUCAUGGACUCUACAGGUUUUACAGCGUACAAGUUGCAGGCUCUCAGCUUUUGGAAGGAGAGAAUACAAUUUUCUUGCAAAUAAUAGCUACAACCCCUUUACAGGGACUCAUGUAUGAUUACAUUCGUUUAGAAGCACCCCCACCAUCUUCUACUUAGUUGGAAAAAAAAAAAAACAUUUGUGUGAGGAAAUAUUUUAUUCAUGUUAAAUAUGUACUGUAUUCAAUAAUUCAAAUAUUAAAUUAUCAGUCA